AUGCUCGACGUGCCAUCCCUGGUUGCUGCGAUUCUCAUCGUUGCGCUGGCGGGCGUGUGCCACCGCUCCGGCUGCAACGCCCCGUUCCUGGAUGGCCUUCCGUUCCCAGCCGCGCUCCACGUCCCGUUCGUCGGUGCCGCCAUGCAGCUCUCGACACUCUCGGGCAUGCGGCGUCUCUUCGUCGAUGCUGCCAAUGACAACGGCGUCGUCUCCUACCGCAGCAUGGUCGUGAACGCGUGUAGCUACCGUGCGCCCGUGCCUGUCAUCGACAUGCACAUUGCGCGGCUCAUUGGGAAGCGGUCGCUCGUGCUGCUCAUGCGCGACGAGUGGAAGCUCCAUCGGCGCCUCGUCUCGCGGGCCUUUCAGUGGCAGAACCUUGCUGCGAUGGUCCCCGCCAUGGCGUUGAUUGCCGAGACGUUUACAAACGUCUGGCUGAAUGCAGAGACGCCAUCGAUCGACGUGUUUUCGCUGCUGAAGCGGUCGGCGCUUGAUACCAUCGGGCGCACGGGCUUUGGCUACGACCUGCAGUCGCUACACGACGCCAACAACCCGAUGGCGUCAGCACUCGCCUUUCUCUUGAGCGAGACCAACCGGCGCUGCUUUGACGAGGCCCACAAGCCGCUGAGCCACUUGCACUGGGUCCCCACACCCGCCAACCGCCGAUUCGUCAAGGAAGCGACUCUUGCUCGCUCGAUUCUCAACGAGAUCGUGGAAGCGCGGCUGCGGGCCUUGCAUGCAGACACGUCGGAGGCAACAUAUUACCACGAUCUCCUCCAAGCCCUGGUUGACGCCGCGUCUGCCGACAACUCGCCGAUGGACGCCGAGACGUUUGCAGACAAUGUGUUUACGUUUGUCCUUGCGGGCUCGGACACGAUUAGCACGAGCAUGGCGUAUGGCCUCUACCUCCUCGCGAUGCAUCCGGACGUGAAAGCCACGGCGGUGGCUGACAUCGACGCUGUUGUCGGCAAGACGACACCCAUCACAUACGAGGCGAUGCAGCGACUGCCGUAUGUCUCGGCUGUGCUCACGGAGGCGAUGCGACUAUUCCCCGCCAGCCCCAUUGCGGUGCGCAACCUCGAGGCGCCGCUGAUGCUCGACGGCCAUUGCAUCCCAGCAGGCACGAUCAUGACAAUUCCGAUCUGGUUUGGCGACGACGCAGACGAGUUCAAGCCCGAGCGUCACUUGGAUGACACGUCGGCUGUCACGAGUGGUGUUGCUGCCAAAGACCGCGCGUUCCGGUUCAUGACCUUCUCGGGCGGGCCCUGCAACUGCGUUGGCAUGCGCUUUGCCCAGCUGGAGGCCACGGUGAUGCUUGUGACGGUCUUGCGCCGGUGUGUCGUGAGUCGCCCAGACGACGCACCUUGCGUCAUACCCAACGCUGUCGGCGUCUCCAUCACACCAGAAAAGGGCAUGUGGCUGUCGUUGGCAUCGCGCGCCGCCGUCUCUGCGUCGCUCAAAUGCGAUCCAAAAGACUUGUGA